CACGCAGCUCCACGAGUUCCCGCAGCGCUCCUGAAUCUGAAGAGCUCCGACAGUCACAGAGGAGACCUGCUGGAUCUCAGAGACCAGGACCAAGAGCGGGAUGGAGGAGGACAACCAGGACCCGGAGCCCCGGAGCAACAACGUCCCCGGAGGACAAACAGCAGGCUCGAGCUCUGAUAGCACCGAUGUUCAGAAACGAAGAGGAAGCGAGGGACUCAAACGUCACCGCUGUCAGCACUGUGACAAAUCCUUUGCAAGAUCUGGAUAUUUAAUGAGUCAUCAGAGAAUUCACACUGGAGAGAAACCGUACAGCUGUGACCAGUGUGGGAAAGCUUUCAUUCAGUCAUCUAAACUAACAAUCCACCGACGUGUUCACACUGGAGAGAAACCGUACCGCUGUGUCCUAUGUGGGAAAGCUUUCAUAUCAGCAUCUAAACUAAAAAUCCACCGACGUGUUCACACUGGAGAAAAACCUUACUGUUGUGACCAAUGUGGGAAAGCUUUCAGUAAAUCAGGUGACCUUAAGGUCCAUAGACGUAUUCACACUGGAGAGAAACCGUACAGCUGUGACCAGUGUGGGAAAGCUUUCAAUAAAUCCAAUGACCUUAAGGUCCACAGACGUGUUCACACUGGAGAGAAACCGUUCAGUUGUGACCAAUGUGGGAAAGCUUACACUACAAGAGGUAGCCUAAAAAGACACCUAUGUGAUCACACUGGAGUAAAACCUUACUGGUGUGACCAGUGUGGGAAAGCUGUCACUUCAUCAGGUCACCUACAAAGGCACCAACGUGUUCACGCGGGAGAAAAACCUUACGGGUGUGACCAGUGUGGGAAAGCUUUCACAACAGUAUAUGAACUAAAAAUACACCAACGUGUUCACACUGGUGAGAAACCGUACAGCUGUGACCAGUGUGGGAAAGCUUUCACUGCAACAGGUCAACUACAAAGGCACAGACGUGUUCACACUGGACAGAAACCAUACUGGUGUGACCAGUGUGGAAAAGCUUUCACUACAUCACAUACACUAAAAAUACAUCAACGUGUUCACACUGGAGAGAGACCGUACAGCUGUGAUCAGUGUGUGAAAGCUUUCACCUCAUUUGGUGAUUUGACAAAGCACAGACGUGUUCACACUGGAGAGAAACCAUACUGGUGUGAACAAUGUGGGAAAAUGUUUGCUCAGAGCAGUACCCUUAAAGUCCACCAACGCAUUCACGGUGCUUCGUUUGAACAUUUUUCAGAGCCAAGCUUUACAGAGGAGACCUGCUGGAUCUCAGGAACCAGGACCAAGAGCGGGAUGGAGGAGGACAACCAGGACCCGGAGCCCCGGAGCAACAACGUCCCCGGAGGACAAACAGCAGGCUCGAGCUCUGAUAGCACCGAUGUUCAGAAACGAAGAGGAGGAGAGGGACUCAAACGUCAGCACUGUGACAAAUCCUUUGCAAGAUCUGAACAUUUAAAGAUUCGUGAGAGUGUUCACACUGGAGAGAAAUACAGCUGUGACCAAUGCGGGAAAGCCUUCAUUCAAUCAUCUAAACUAACAAUUCACCGACGUGUUCGCACUGAAGAGAAACCAUACCGCUGCAUCCAGUGUGGGAAAGCUUUCAUAACAUCUAUACUAACAAUUCACCGACUUGUUCAAAGUAGAGAGAAACCAUAUAGCUGUGACCAGUGUGGGAAAGCAUUAACUUCAUGGGGUCACCUACAAAGGCACCAACGUAUUCACACUGGAGAGAAACCGUACAGCUGUGACCAGUGUGGGACAGCUUUCAGGAAAUUUAGUGACCUAAAGGUCCACAGACGUGUUCACACUGGAGAGAAACCAUAUAGCUGUGACCAAUGUGGGAAAGCGUACGCAACAUCAGGCAACCUAAAAAUACACCUACGUGGUCACAGAGGAGAAAAACCUUACAGCUGUGACCAAUGUGGGGAAGCUUUCAACACAUCGGGUCACCUACAAAGGCACCAACGUGUUCACGCUGGAGAAAAACCUUACCGGUGUGACCAGUGUGGGAAAGCUUUCACAACAUUACACGAACUAAAAAUACACCAACGUGUUCACACUGGAGAGAAACCGUACAGCUGUGACCAGUGUGAUAAAGCUUUCACUUCAUCUGGUCACCUACAAAGGCACCGACGUAUUCACACUGGAGAGAAACCGUACAGCUGUGACCAGUGUAGGAAAGCUUUCACUACAUCAAAUCAACUAAAAAUACAUCAACGUGUUCACACUGGAGAGAGACCGUACAGCUGUGAUCAGUGUGGGAAGGCUUUCACCUCAUUAAGUGAUUUGACAAAGCACAGACGUGUUCACACUGGAGAGAAACCGUACUGGUGUGAACAAUGUGGGAAAAUGUUUGCUCAGAGCAGUAGCCUUAAAGGCCACCAACGCACUCAUGAUGCUUAGUUUUGAACAUAUUUCAGGGCCAAGUGAGGUGUUUCCUCCUGCCUUCUUGAUUCCUGAUUAGGAAUGCAGUGAUUACCGGAUUUCACUAUUAACCGCGCUUUAAAACGUCAGGACUAAUGUGUAAAGGCUACAUCAAGUGUUUCUCUUGUGGGGAACAAAACUGUUGCGUGCUUAUCAGAGACAUGGAGGCUACUACUGUACACUGGUUAACUCUGGCGUAGGGACCAAACUGUGAAGCUUUAUUUCCACCAAAGAAACAGCAGUUUUGGGGUUAAAAGAUUGCUGCUAAAGUAGCGAAUACCUACAUCAAAUUUGAUGUAGCUCGCGCGCACACCGCUGUCAAAUUAAAACAUUUUUGCGCUGAAUCCAGCUUCCACGCUGCGUAAAUUCUUCUUUAUGCAAGAACGUAGCCCUCUCAAAACCUUUAGUCCCUGAACAUUCAACAUUACAUCCUGUUGCCUCCUCCUGUCUGUGCUGAGAAAAUGUUGCCAGGGGUAAAACACUAACAAAACAUUAGGAGCUUAUGGACUUUCUGGACUUUCUGGACUAUACCAAUUAACUGCAUUUCAGUUACUAAUAACAAACACCGCAUGAGUGAUUUCAUUUUCACUAAAACCUAUACGAUGAUCAUGAGAGUGGAUGGCAAUAACGGUUCAGUUUACUACCCUCCUUAAUAACAAUUUCCCCUGAGGAUAAAUGAAGUUAAUAUUCCUCUAAUUAAUUAAAUAUGAAAUAUAAACUUAAGUCAUCACUGGUCUUUUAAAAUUAAGUAAUGCAUAAUAUUCGUGAAACCUUGAUUAUACUAUAAUCGUACGAACAACAUCUGUAUUUAUUGCUUCCCUAGUACUGAUAGCUGUGUUGUAAUAGUCUCAGCUUCUUUGCAAACUAAGGGAUAGACAACAGGAACAGAGGUGUUUCUUUCAGAUAGGUGAUCUACAGAAACAUUUCUCAUAUAAUAUCAUCCCUGCUGUAUCAGCACACAUUGCAGGCAUGAUUUAGUCUUCCCUCCGCUUUUUUGUCUUUUUAAUGUGCAAACCUUUUCACGUUUUUGUCCACAUAAUUACUGGUAAGAUACAACAUAAAAUGAGAAAGAUAAAAUAUAUUUUAAAUGUAAAUGACAGUAAACAUUUUGUUUAGAGGAAAUGAUUGUUUUGUACAUUUUAUAAAAGUAUGGUAAUAGACUUGCUUUAAUUGAUCAGUUCAUUAUUUAUCAGUGAACCAUCUCUUUAUUCAUGUGAUCUAGUUUUAUUCCACAUCAAAUGUUUGUUUUCUCCUGUAAGAAAUAUUUAAAACUGAGGGCAUGCCUAGGACACUGAGAGGGGGAGCAGUGCAGACUAAAAACAGAUGUUUUUGUCCACAUAAUUACUGGUAAAAUACAACAUAAAAUGAGAAAGAUAAAAUAUAUUUUAAAUGUAAAUGACAGUAAACAUUUUGUUUUGAGGAAAUGGCUGUUAAUGAUUAGCUAACACAACAGAAACGCGCCAUAAAAAUUACUUUGUCAAAUGAACACACCUCUUAUAGAUAUGAUAUAUAAACUAGCUAACAUGGCGUCUAGAAAACUCAGGUGUCAGAUGUGAAAGUCCUCCUUGAUCUUUCUCCAGCCGUCCACUGAAACCUGCUCCGUGACCUUUGACCUCUUCAGAGUCGAUGCUGUGAGUGGUUCAGGUCUGGUGUUCACAGGCAGACAGUAACCUUUCUGUCACAUGUGAUGCCAUACACCUCUUCAGUCUUCCUACCAGCAGAGAUCUGAAGGUGUUGGAUGGUUUGUAACUUAAAGGCUCUGGAUGUUGUGACAAUCCCGCCAUGUAAGGGAGUCCCACUGGGAAGUCCUGGUUUAAAGUUUGAGGAUUGUCGUCACCCAUCCAGUAAUCCAUCUACGACUCGACAACUGGAGAAAAAUCAAGGAGAUUCACCAGAGAGCCUCUGAGAACAGAGACAGAGGUUACCAUCUCCACCUGAGAACAUCCGCCUGUUAUCAUGAGACUGUGCUGGACUAGAGUCAUGUGAUGACGACUGAGGAGGUUCAGUUUGCUGAAGAAGGCCAUGGGAUGGGGUCAAAAGCUCCAACAAAGAGGUAUUAUGUAAGGCUUGAGUUUAGACUCAUUUAUUACAGAUGUGUUCCCCAAAGUCAAGAAUGAAGCUCCACGCUGGAUGAAAUAUUGUUUCUGUGAGCUUCAUGUUUUCUUGUUAUUGUAGUGAAACAUAUUUAAUCUUUAUUUUAUAUCUGUAUUCACUGUUUUUAUUUUCUUUUGCU